GUUAUCUGAGAAACAGAAAAUUAAGUGGGAAGUGCAGGAAGGGGUGGGACCUGGAGCUAAGUAUAAGUAUCUGCUUGUAGGUGGUGGAAGGCAGAGACUGCAUUGAACAAGGGAAUCUCCUGCUCUUUGGCUCCGAGUGUGAUUUCACUGAACUGCCCAUAAGAAAGCCAGGAAGGAGAGAUGGCCCACAUUGGACACCAGCUGUCACCAGCAAUGGCUGAGAAGGAAAGAGCCAAAGUCCGGAUCUCUAAAUCCCUCUCGGAUGGCGAAAAAGUGGCUAUUGCUUCUAGAAAGCAAGAGGUGAAGAAAGGCCUUGCCAAGCUUGGGAUUCAGUGCGAUACGGACCAAAUUCCCAAUAUUACUGUCCUUGGAUCAGGAGGAGCUCUGCGGGCCAUGAUUGCUCUUUAUGGGACACUAGCAGAGCUGAAGAAAUACCAAUUUUUGGACUGUAUAAUGUACUUGGCUGGGGUGUCAGGUUCCACCUGGUGCCUAUCAGCUCUCUACAGAACUGAAGACUGGGUGCAAAAGAUAGAGUUACUGGAAAAACAUCAGUGUGAAAAACUUGCCAAUAGCAAAAUAGAUCUGAAGAUGGCCAAAAGAGCUGUUAUUGAGGCUUCAAAAGAUGAACUUUAUUCACUGACUGAUUUCUGGUCCUAUUUUAUUGUGCACAAGCUGCUAAAGGAGUUCGAUGAGUCUGAACUGUCUGCACACAGGAGAUCUUGUGAGACUGGGAAAAAUCCUUAUCCUAUCUAUGCAGCUGUGGACAAGAAAACGUAUCUGAAACAAAACAGAGGCACCUGGUUUGAAUUUACCCCUCAUGAAGCUGGGGUUCCUGGUCUGGGGGCGUAUGUUGACAUCAAACACUUUGGGAGCGUAUUUGAGAAAGGGCAACUAUAUGAAAAAAAGAAGGGGAAAAACAUCUGCUAUCUGCAAGGUUUAUGGGGAAGUGCCCUUGGAAGUGAGAAGGAAGUUAUUAAGACGAUGUCAGGUGCUUUAGUGGAUUUCCCAAAAGAUGACAGUCAAAAGCCUGACAGUUCAACAGAGUCCAGUGAUCAAGACACUGGAAUAAUUGGACGGGCCUAUCAGGCAGUUCUGGAGCUGCUGCUGUGUUCAUCAGAUGAGAAAAUUGAUGAGAAACUUUUUGACAAUUUAGAAAGCAUCUUGAAAGAUCACAGUGGCAGCAAAAGCUAUGGACUCCUCAAAGGAAUGCGUCAGAUCUGGCUUACUUCAGAUCCUGAAAAAAGGAAGAAAGAGUGCAUGAUGCUAGGUAAAGCUUUGGACAUCGAUUUUGGAGGAGUAAAAGAAAUUGAGACGAAGCUUCAACCGGAUUCCAAAAAUAAAGCUUCUGGUGGCCACUUCCAUACCAUGGUGAAAAAGACCUAUUCAUGCCUUUUGGGAUGGACAUGGGGAAGCACCAAUAACUUCCUGUACCAGUGCUCGGAUGUCAAAUUUCCGGAGCUGACGAACAAAGAGGUUGUGUCCCUCAUUGAUGCUGGUCUGGCCAUAAACACUGCUUACCCACUUGUGCUCCAUCCAGAAAGGCAGGCGAAACUGAUCCUUUCCUUUGACUUCAGUGCUGGGGACCCUUUUGAGACAAUCAAAAAAGCUGCUGAAUAUUGCAAGGAGCAUGGAAUGCCAUUUCCCAAGAUAGAUGAGAGAGAACUUCAGGAUACAGACGACCCAUCAGACUGUUAUAUCUUCAAAGGGGAGAAUGCACCAACCGUCAUGCAUUUCCCACUAUUCAACAAAUUCAAUUGUCCAGGUAAAGUUGCCGAAUACAGAGAUCAGUUUGGCACCUUCAAGAUGAGCUAUUCCAAGGAGGAAAUUGAAAAACUGCUCACUGCAGCAAAGAAGAACGUAGCUCAUAAUCACCAAAAGAUUCUAGAGGAGAUCAAGCGUGUUGCAUGUCCUCUUUCACAAAAGGCUUAAGCAAACUGCUUCUGUUCUACUGUUCUAAUCACUGAUUCACACAAUCUGUUUAAACCAGACAGUACUUAAUUGCCAGUGGAAAUGCAUUUGUAUGGAUACAUGCAACUUUGUAAACUAAUCUCAUAUAUAGAAUUGGGAGGAAGUGUCAUAUUCACAGAGUCUGGCAGGAAAAGUGUCCUGUUCAUAUCUAAGUAAAAUACUUACAUAAGGUAAAAUUACAAUAAAAAUGUAAAUUUGCAUUAAUAAGUAAAACAUGAUUCAGGAUCACACUAAAGGUAGCCAAUAAAUAAUUAGACAGGUCAGUGUGAAGUGUCCAUCCAUGUAUUUCAUUGCAUUGACUUUGUAUACCUCAUCUUUCUGUGUACACAUUUCCAUAUGAACUAUAUUAAAAUGAUGUAACUUGA